UGAGGGAGCCCCCCCUUGAGGGAGCCCCGGCUUCUGCCCGUGAGGGGCCCCAGCCCCUGCCACGGAGGAAGCCGCGGUCCCUCAGCGGAUCUGUACGGUCGAACCCCCGCGCCAAGCCCCGGCUGGAGUCCCGGGCGCGUUCUCCCGAGGGGAAAAUGAGGUGUAGAGCAGAACUCCCCAGCUAACACAUGGCACAGUUAUGAAGAUUACUCCUGAAAAGGUUUUAUGGCCGGUUCUCACCAGACACGUGGGUGCAGUGCUGGGAGCGGUGCCGGGGCGCAGUUACCGCCGAGCCGCACGUGCGGCAGAGACACAGAGCGAAGCCACCACCACAAUAACCCCAGCGCUGCAUCGGCCGGAGGCGGUACGAUGAAAACGAGGACCUCUCGGACGUGGAGGAAAUCGUGAGCAUCAGGAGUUUCAAUUUGGAAGAGAAAUUAAAGAGUAAAAUGUACCACGGGGAUUUCGUGCACGCCAUGGACGGCAAAGAUUUUACUUUUGAGUACGUGCAAAGAGAAGCUCUCAGAGUUCCCCUCAUCUUCAGAAAUAAGGAUGGACUGGGAAUUAAAAUGCCUGACCCGGAUUUCACUGUCAGAGAUGUGAAGCUAUUAGUGGGAAGCCGCAGGAUCGUGGAUGUGAUGGAUGUGAACACGCAGAGAGGGGUUGAGAUGAGCAUGUCUCAGUUUGUGAGAUACUACGAAACCCCAGAGGCCCAGCGGGAAAAGCUCUACAACGUCAUCAGCCUGGAGUUCAGUCACACGAAGCUGGAGAACAUUGUCAAGCGCCCCAACGUGGUGGACUUAGUCGACUGGGUGGAUAAUAUGUGGCCACAGCAUUUGAAGGAGAGACAGACGGAUGCUACCAAUGCUAUUUCAGAGAUGAAAUACCCCAAAGUGAAAAAGUACUGUUUGAUGAGUGUGAAAGGAUGCUUCACUGAUUUUCAUAUUGAUUUUGGUGGCACUUCAGUGUGGUAUCACGUUUUCCGUGGGGGGAAGAUCUUCUGGCUGAUUCCGCCCACUCUGCAGAAUCUAGAACUUUAUGAAGAAUGGGUUCUCUCAGGAAAGCAGAGUGAUAUCUUUCUGGGAGACAGGGUGGAACGGUGCCAAAGAAUUGAGCUGAAACAAGGCUACACGUUCUUCAUUCCUUCAGGGUGGAUACACGCGGUUUAUACUCCGGUAGAUUCUCUGGUGUUUGGUGGAAAUAUCCUGCAUAGCUUUAAUGUUCCCAUGCAGCUUCGCAUCUAUGAGAUUGAGGACAGAACAAGGGUGCACGCCAAAUUCCGGUAUCCUUUCUACUAUGAAAUGUGCUGGUAUGUUCUGGAGAGAUACGUGUCCUGUGUGACCCAGCGCUGCCACCUCAGCAAAGAGUACCAGAAAGAAUCAAUGUUAAUUGAUGCAAAAAGAAAACGCAGCACAGACAGCUAUUCAUCAGAUUCGUGGUUAGACAUGGAUGAAGAAUCUUGUGAUGCCCAUCUCCAGGAGGAGAAGGAUGACAGCUUGGAUAAGAACUCCAAAUCCUUGGUGGAUGGCUCCUCCUCACCCAACAGCACACACUCAGAAGGGAAGGAGGCUGCAGGAAGGAAACAAAAAGCCACAGUAAUGAGGUACCUAAAAAGAACUUUGUCCAACGAGUCAGAUGACAGCGUAAAAUCAACGACCCCCACGGACUAUCCCAAAACACCCACGGGGUCUCCAGCUACAGAAGUUUCAACCAAAUGGACUCACCUCACAGAAUUUGAACUGAAGGGUUUAAAAGCCCUGGUGGAAAAGCUUGAAUCUCUCCCAGAGAACAAGAAGUGUGUUCCAGAAGGCAUCGAAGACCCGCAGGCUCUCCUAGAGGACAUGAAGAAUAUACUGAAGGAACAUGCUGAUGAUGACCAAAAUCUUGCCAUUUCGGGUGUCCCUGUGGUCAGCUGGCCCAAGAAGACCCCAAAGAACAGGGCAGUCGGGCGGCCCAAGGGGAAGCUGGGCCCGGCCUCUGCGGUGAAGCUCGCGGCCAACCGGACGACCGCGGGCGCCCGGCGGAGGAGGACGCGAUGCCGCAAGUGCGAGGCGUGUCUGCGGACGGAGUGCGGCGAGUGCCACUUCUGCAAGGACAUGAAGAAGUUCGGGGGCCCCGGCAGGAUGAAGCAGUCCUGCAUCAUGAGGCAGUGCAUCGCGCCGGUGUUGCCUCAUACUGCUGUGUGUCUGGUGUGUGGAGAAGCUGGGAAGGAGGACACUGUGGAAGAGGAGGAGAGCAAGUUUAAUCUCAUGCUAAUGGAAUGCUCCAUUUGUAAUGAAAUCAUACACCCAGGAUGCCUUAAGGUGAAGGAAUCAGAUGGUGUGGUUAACGAUGAGCUGCCGAACUGCUGGGAGUGUCCAAAGUGCAACCAUGCAGGGAAAACUGGAAAAGUGUACAAGCAAAAGCGCGGACCAGGAUUCAAAUACGCAUCAAAUCUCCCGGGCUCGUUGCUGAAGGAGCAGAAAAUUAACAGAGACAACAAGGAAGUGACAGAUGCUGCGAAACGGAAAGGGGACUGUGAGGAAACUCCCAGGCGGAAAUCGGAGGAACAUUCCAAAAAGGCUCCAGUUGACUCAAUCCUGAGGAGAAAGUCCGACGAGGUGCAUCUGUGGAGGAAAAGGAAAUUCGAGAAGUCCCAGGAACCCACCAUGAGAAAGCGGCGGCGAUCGUGGAAGGCUCCAGAUGACCGAACUGCCAUGAUCAAGCCCCUGCGGCGCCUCAAGCAGGAGCCCGAGGAUGAGCUGCCAGAGGCACCUCCCAGGUCCAAGGACAGCGACCAGUCGCGGUCCAGCUCGCCCACCGCGGGGCCCAGCACGGAGGGCGCCGAGCCCAGGGACAAGAAGAAGUUCAAGAUGAGGAGGAAAAGGCGGCUUCCCAACAAGGAACUGAGCAAGGAGCUCAGCAAGGAGCUUAACCAGGAGAUCCAAAAAACCGAGAACAGCCUUGCCAAUGAGAACCACCAACCCAUCAAAUCCGAACCCGAGAGCGAGAACGAGGAACCCAAGCGUGCGUUGAACAACAGCGAGAGACUCCACAGGUUCAGCAAAGGCUUGAACGGGACCCCCCGGGAGCUGAGGCACCAGCUCAUCCCCAGCCUGCGCAGCACACCCCGCGGGAUCACCCGGCCCCCGCCCUCGCUCUCGCCCCCCAAAUGCAUCCAGAUGGAGCGGCACGUUAUCCGGCCUCCUCCCAUCAGCCCCCCUCCGGACUCGCUCCCCCUGGAUGACGGGGCAGCCCACGUGAUGCAGAGGGAAGUCUGGAUGGCUGUCUUUAGCUACCUCAGUCAUAGAGACUUGUGCAUCUGUAUGAGAGUUUGCAAGACCUGGAACAGAUGGUGCUGUGACAAAAGAUUAUGGACCAAAAUAGAUUUAAACCAUUGUAAAUCCAUCACUCCACUUAUGCUUAGUGGCAUUAUUAGGAGACAGCCUGUAACCCUUGAUCUUAGCUGGACAAAUAUAUCUAAAAAGCAGCUGAGUUGGCUUAUCAACAGACUACCAGGUCUGCGGGACCUGCUGUUAUCAGGGUGCUCAUGGAUAGCAGUGUCAGCACUUUGCAGCUCCAGUUGUCCUUUGCUGCGGACUCUGGACGUGCAGUGGGCAGAGGGACUGAAAGACGCACAAAUGAGAGACCUCCUGUCACCGCCCACGGACAACCGGCCAGGCUGCAACGGGUGUACUUUAGAGAGUAUGGAAACACUUUCUUCCAGUUCAGGGAAGGAGCAGUUCUGUGGGUCAUGCCACAUUCGCCCGGAUUUCAGCUCAGGUCAGAUCGACAACCGGAGCAAGCUACGGAACAUCGUGGAGCUGCGCCUGGCAGGGCUGGAUAUCACAGACGCCUCUCUGCGGCUGAUCAUCAGGCACAUGCCUCUGCUCUCCAAACUCAAUCUCAGUUACUGUAACCACGUGACAGAUCAGUCUAUUAACCUGCUGACCGCGGUCGGAACCACCACGCGGGAUUCGUUAACGGAAAUUAAUUUAUCAGACUGCAAUAAGGUCACUGACCAGUGCCUGUCCUACUUCAAACGUUGUGGGAAUAUCUGCCAGAUCGACCUGAGGUACUGCAAGCAAGUGACGAAGGAGGGCUGCGAGCAGUUCAUAGCGGAAAUGUCCGUAAGUGUCCAGUUCGGGCAAGUGGAAGAAAAACUUCUGCAAAAACUGAGUUAGUUAAAGGACUCGUGUAAAUACUGGGGCGAGGGGGGGAAGGGACUAAGAACACGUAGGGAUUUUAUUUUCAAUUGGGAACUUGGAAUAUCAGAAAAGGCCGCGAUUGGAUUUUACAACUCUUGUCGAGAACAACGCGAAACUACCCAUGUUAAGAAUUUCAACUUGUGCCACUAAUUCAGUCCACCUGGGAUGUCCUGCACUG